CUCUUCUUCCGAUUCCUCAAGCGGUUCUGCGAGUUCCGAGGAGGACGAGAAACCGAAAAAGCGAAAGAAAUCGUCGAACGAAAAAGACGAGAAGAAGAUGGUCUUGUCGCAACUCCCGCUCUAUCAAGAUGACUCGUUACCGUUCACCGAGUACUUGUCGCUCGCGCAGGAGAAGUACAAGCCGAGCCGUAUCCUGAAAGGGAUUGAAUCAAAAAUCCAGCAUACUACUACCCUGCGACAGUACUUAGCGGCGAAGAAGCGGAGGACAGUCCGCAAGGCGCAUAACAGUUCGAAGCGCCUCCGGCGCAUCAUCAAGAUCUUCCGGAACGAACUGCAAGACCCCGAUGCAGGUAUGGAGAAACUGGAAGAUUGCAAGCAGGACCAGAACCAAAACCCACAGGAGUGGUAUAAGAAGUUCUGCGAAGCUCUUGCUGAAUUGCCUGAGGACAAACUGCCGUUCUCGGAAGUCGUCCGCUACGCCGAACGGAACGCGCAAAAGAACGUCAGGGGCAUCAUCGUCCAGGACAAACCGAGAAACGCGACGCAGCUGGCGGCUGCGAUUGGCAAAGCGGAGAAGCUUUUCGG